AUGCCGCUAACCAGGGAUUCUCACUCGGUUUUGAGCCCAAAUGAAAAACCAGUCACUAUCCCGGCCGUGGCUUCUGAUUCGCCAAUGUUCACCGAUACCCCAGUGAUCCAUACGGUAAAGCAACAUGAAGCUGAUAGCUAUGCUCGUUUGUUGCAAUUAAAUAUGUGCUAUGAGGCAAUGCCAACAAGCAGUAAGAUUGUCGUUUUCGAUGCGAAUUUGAAGAUGGAGAAGGCGUUUAAUGGGCUAAUUUUUCAAAACACGCGUCACGUUUUGAUUUCAAAAAAUGAUAAUGGGCAGGUUAUCGGAAUUUUAUCAGUUACCGAUUUUAUCCGAGUGUUGUUGAAAAAGUGGAGGGAGCAUCUAAACGAUUCGAUGGAAGUCGAUUGUGCUGAUAUUGCUGAUAUGACCAUCAGCCAAUAUAGAGAACUCGCCGAGGCCGAUGGCAAAAUUUUGAAUUUAAUUACGAUCCAAGGGAACCAGAGUAUCCUGGAAGCGGCGAGACUUCUUGCGCAAUAUCGGAUCCAUCGUCUGCCCGUGAUGGAUCCGGUCAAUGGCUCACCGCUUUUUAUCCUCACCCACAAGCGAAUCCUCAAAUUCUUGUGGUGUUUUGGGAGUCAGUUUUCGUUACCGGAAUAUCAUGUGAAAACGCCGAAGGCUUUGGGAGUUGGGACUUGGGAUAAUCUGCGUUUGGUCUAUGAAGAUACACCGCUACAUGAAUGCUUGACGAUUCUAAGUACAGAGAAUAUUUCUGGAGUGCCCGUGCUACAGAGAGGAACUGAUAAGGUUAUGGGAAUGUACUCUCGUUUUGAUGCCAUCGCUAUCGCUGCCGAAAAUGACCCCCACUAUUUGGAACGUCCCGUUGUCGAGGCACUAAAUUUCAAGAACUUCAGCAAGGAUGCCGAUUUCACGAACCUGGUCGUCUCAAUUGGGCUGCACGAUACCUUCUGGCAAGCUGUAGAAGUUCUCGUCGAGCGAUCUGUGCACAGACUUUGCGUGCUAAAUGAUGCCGGGCAGGUUGAGGGUCUCAUCUCGUUGGCUGAUGUUAUCAACUAUAUGGUUGUGAAGCCGGGCGCUCAUUUGGAAUCGCCAAAACCACAUCAUUUGUCGCGGAUGGCGAAAGUAGAAGAUUUGAGUAACGAGGCACUCCGCCGGAUUCUCGCCGGAAACAACGAUAUUGACCCGCCUAACGGACAUCAC